AUGAAAUAUAGCGGGCUAUAUUUCGUCUCCAACCCCUCCACCAACAUCGACGCCUCUCUCGCAAUCGUGAACACCCUCAUCCAAGGCAUCGAAACCAGCUUCCCAAACACCACGCGACAGCAAACACCAUGGUCGCUAUCAUACCGCGCAUUUCGCGAUACCAUUCCUCCGGGCUACCAGCCACCUGCGGGCGCAGACGGUAAACCAGAGCCAUACGUACAUUCAUACCAGCACCUCCUCCACCUUUCGAGCCUCGCACCGAACCGCACAUAUGUCUUUGCACAACCGCGAGCGCAACAGGAAACUAUGACGUCGAUACCGCUGCGACAACAAGACGCACAUGCCUCAGUACUGCGAUACCAGUGUUCCGCUCUGUGGACACCUAGACACAUACUCGCGGUGCGAGAGGGGGCAGCAUAUAGCGGGGGCCUCUGUUCGAUACAAAUCGGCGAGCUACGAGCGACUCGUGAAGGACCGCAGUCGGGCGCUAUCUCAUCACCCGGCGUCGUGAUCUGCAUUAGCACAACGUUGGGCGCUGAGGACACGGAUGGCAACAUGGAUUCCGGCUAUGGCACAAUGGAGAAUGGUGCAGCGAUGCAGGUGGACGAAGAAGAUCUCGACAUUGAGUAUGCGCAGGCUGUGGUGCGCGACUGCUGGAGUAGGAUCAAGGAUGGCCGCGAUCUGGGCCGGUCAGAGAUCAGGGAAGUGAUGAUGGCUUCGACUACAACAAAUAAAAAGGGCCAGGAACCGGAGGCGGCGGUGCGCAUGUGGUGCGAUGCUCUGCGCAUGCGCGGAUGA